UCAUACUAGCUCUUUUUAUAGAAAUGAUACUGCACUUUUAGCCCAAAAAGAUUUAUUUUCAAUAUAUAAUUCGAAUAAAAGAAAAUCUUUUUAUUUGAUUAUUGAUAUUGAUGCAAGACAAAAGCCUGAUUCUACAAAUCCUAAACAGCCUUUCUUAGAAGAUAAAAAAAUUACACAAGAAGAUUUGUUAUCUCGAAUUUUAGUUGCUU